AUGAGUUUGUUGGAUAAACAGAAAGAAGAGAAUUUUAGAAAUAAAGAUGCUGAUGAGAAUGCGAAUGAGAAAGACAAGGAUGAUGAUAUUAAACUGGAAUUACAAGAAGAAUCAAAGAUUAGUAGUUAUAGUGGUGGUAGUAACGAUCAAAGCCAAAAGACCGAUUCAUCAACAUCACAAAAUGAUCAAACUGCAUUAAAAAUAAAAACAGCUAUUCUAACAUCUAAUGACAAUUAUGAAGUAAAAGUAAAAUUAGGCAAUUUAAAAACUGUACGUGAUUUAUGCAACAAUGCAAAAAACGAUGAACAAGUGACACAAAGUAGUAGUAGUGAGACUAGUUAG